AUGAUGAUGACCAGGAGACCCCAGCUGGGCCUGCUGACCCUCACCCUGCUCUGUACCCUCUUCUCGCUUGCUCAGUCUCUGUCCUGUGAGGUGUGCAAGGACUCGGGACCCUCCUGCGCGGGCAAGCUGAAGCUCUGCGAGCCGGAGAAGGACGCCUGCGUGACUGUCGUGGGGCUGUCCACCACAGGGAACAGAGUGUCGGUGGACACCUCCAAAAGCUGCAUGAAGUACAAGGACUGUUACUCGGGCUUCAUCUCCACCACGCUGGGCCACGGGGACCACAUGGUGUCCAACUCGUUUUGCUGCCAGGAGGACGGCUGCAACAAGGGCCGGAUCCCGACCCCGGAGGACAACAGCACGCUGAACGGGCUCCGCUGCCCCUCCUGCAAGGCCGCCUUCCAGGAAACCUGCUCCGGGGACCAGGCGGUGCAGUGCGUGGGCCACGAGACCCAGUGCAUCUACUUCUCGGGCAUCGUGCAGACAGGCAUCAUCAACACCAGAUUUGCCACCCGCGGAUGCGCCACCAGCAGCGCCUGCCACAUCCAGGUGGGCGCCCGCGUGCCCUCGGUGACUUACACCUACGAGCUUCGCAGGGCCGACUGCGUCCCUGCCCCCAGGCCCCCUGGCCGGGCGGAGAGAAGGUCCGCUGGCUGGGUCCCCUGA